AUGGUCUUCAAAGAUGAGGGCCAUGUCAUCUGCGUACUCCAGAUCGACAAGGCUCUCGCCAGCAACAAUUUGAACACCGAGGUUUUGAAAACCGUCCAGUAUUCGCCUCAUUAUUUCGUCAAUGACGAAGUUAAACAAGAACGGGGAGAGUGGACAUCCUUGUCUGACACCACUUUUUACUCCGUGAGUGUCGAGCGGACACCCCCCAGUAUAGCUCAAUGGGUCUCCGAGGUACACAAACCGCCACACCACGAUAGGGCCACUUGCAGUACGCUAAAAAUUGCGGCAGAAUUAUUCAGAUUAUUUAAAACGGUUUGCAUCUUUGAGGGACCUGAACCAAGGGACGGAAUAUCGUUUGCAUACCCAGUGUCUGUGAGAGAACGCCCCAGUAGCAUUUCGAUCCAGGAGGUUUCAUGGGCAAGAAGAGAUUCCAGGCAUCAGAUCGAAAACAAAGUUGAGGAAUGA